AUGACGACUUUCAGCCCUUCCGAGGUCAGCUUUGUGAAGCAGCUCAAGAAUUCACCAGUUUCUUGUAUCUUUCGCACAGUAUGGCAUGGGAAAGAUUGUAUCUUGAAAGUGCCAUUAUCCGUCAAACAUCGAAGUCGUCGUCGAGAUCGCGAGACCGAUCCAUUCAAGUGCGAAAGCGCGGCAUUUAUGCGUCUACGAGAACAUGGCUUCUGUGACCGAGGACAUGUCCCAGCCUUCUAUGGUCUGAUCGAACACAUCAACCCAGUUCAUCAUUUACCAUAUUUGCAAGACUUCGUUGAGGAUACCCUAUAUCCGAAUGCUAUUUUGAUGGAGUAUGUACCAGAUAUUCACCCAAUUGAUCUAUCGAACUACUCCGAAAAACGACUUCAUAAGCUCCAGCAGAUACUGUUAGAGAUGCACCGUGCUGGUGUUUACCAUGGGGAUCUAUAUCCUCGCAACCUGAUGGUACAGAUAACAUCCGAUCGAGUAUUAUGGAUGGAUUUCGAUCGCGCGCAGACAUUCACGCCCCAGUCGAUUAAAGAGUGUCACCUGACUUGGUUGGAACGUGAGACAAGAAUGAUGGAAGAAUUUGUUGAGGGUCUUACAGCCGAUGCUAAGCUCGGAAGGAUUCAUGAGACGUGGAUCUGCUACUAUGAGUAUGUGUAUCUGGUCAAGUCCUAUCAAUAUUUAUAG